AUGCCAAACUGUGCGAAGUUCAUGAAAGACCUUCUAUCAAAGAAACGCAAGUUGAAGGAAUGCGAAACAAUGGCCUUGACAGAGGAGUGCAGUGCAAUCAUCCAGAAGAAACUUCCUCCCAAGCUGAAGGAUCCAGGCAGCUUCAGUAUUCCUAUUGAAAUAGGAAACAUUGAAGUUGGAAAAGCAUUAUGUGAUCUGGGAGCAAGUAUCAACCUGAUGCCACUAUCCAUGUGCAGAGCUCUUGGAAUCAAGGAGCUCAAGCCGACUACAGUUUCUCUCCAGUUAGCUGACAGAUCGAUCAGACGACUAGAUGGGGUAAUUGAAGAUGUUUUAGUUAAAAUUGACAAAUUUAUCUUCCCUGCAGAUUUUGUAGUUCUGAAUAUGGAAGAAGACACUGAAAUUCCCCUAUUACUUGGAAGGCCAUUCUUAGCCACCGCAAGGGCAAUGAUCGAUGUGGAGCAAGGAAAACUGAUGCUGAGGGUGAACGAAUAA